AUGGCGCAAGAACCGCCACGGGUGGUGCAGCCUGGUCUGCUCAACAACCGAUUCCCGGUCAUUGACACAGAUCCACACUGGCGACGAGCCUUCCGCUACGCACGAACCGAAGACUGGACCUUUGGCGCCGGCAUGGCAGCUGUCGGCCCUGCCCUCAUGGCAGUCACAGAGCGAUUCGCACCUUCAUUCGCGGGUCGAGGUGCCUACCCUCCCAUCUUCCGACUCAGUAUCGCUAUUGGUGCGGUUGCGGGGUUGGGGCUGGUCUAUGAGCGGAGUUGCUGUACGUUCACUACGACCGGGCUAUAUACGAGAGUGCUGCAGGAAUGGGAUGCUGACGAAAGUGAUGCAGUGCGAUUCAUCGGCAUGAACGAGAACGCGCGGGAGGUCGAGAUGGAUAUGCGCGAGAUGGUGGAUAAAGUCAAGAAGGGCGAGCCGUUGUAUGGCCACUCGACGCUCACGCCGCAUAUGCAGGGCAUUGCAGCCAGGAAUUCGCGGUAUUCGUCGUUGUGGACGCAUAUAAUGCCGUGGGCGAACUUCACGAAUCAUAAUCAGCAUGGUGUCGAUACGGCAAAAUACUACCAGCAAGCGGAACGGGAAUUGGAGGCUGAGAAGGCUGGCUCGCCUGUUCGGAUAUCGCCUAACCUCUUAAUCACCAACGAUCCGGAUAUGAUCAGGGCCAUGACGGCACCACGAUCAAAAUUCCGUCGAGGCCAUUGGUAUCGAGGCAUGGGAUUGGAUCCGAGAAUCAACAACACUCUGUCGGAGCUGGACGAGCGGCGACAUGCUGAGCUCCGAACAAAGCUCUUACCAGGUUACACUGGCAAAGAUGUGCCAACGCUAGAAGCCAGAAUUGACGGGCGGGUGUUGGAGCUGGUUGGUGUUAUGCAGCACUAUGCCACCACUCAGAGGAAGGUCGACUUUGCCCAUGUGUCGCAAUACCUGGCUCUGGAUAUUCUGACAGAACUCGUUUACGGACAACCGUUCGGUUUCCUGAGAGAGGAGAAGGAUUUGUUUCAGUACAUCUCCAAGAGUGCAAGCUUCUUACCUGUGAUGGAGCUUGGAACGAAUCAUCCAUGUAUUCACAGCCUGCUUACCAGUAGAUUGCUUGCCAACAUGGCCGGACCCAAGCCGACGGACAAGACAGGUCUUGGAGCUGUGAUAGGUGUUGCAAAGCGCGUGAUAGCGGCCCGAAUCGAAGGGAAGGCAGACUUGGGUAAGGAUCGAGACAUGCUCGACUCUUUUCUGGAGCGUGGACUCACUCAAGUCGAGGCCGAGAGCGAGUCAUUGCUGCAAAUACUGGCAGGAGCGGACUCUGCAGCCACCUGCAUCCGGAUGACUCUGCUAUUUCUUCUCACAAAUCCUGUGGCAUACAGGAAGCUGAAGGGUGAAAUUAUGCAGCGAGUCGACGAAGGGAGGAUAUCGUUCCCAGUCGUGUCAAACAGCGAAGCGGCUGACAUGCCAUACCUGCGAGCGUGUAUCAAAGAAAGUCUGCGUCUGUGGGUGCCCUUGAACGGAUUGAAUACAAAAGUCGCACCCGAGGAAGGUGCCACCGUUAACGGCGUACAUAUUCCGGGAGGAACAGAAGUUGCCCAUGCUCACCACAGCAUGAUGAGAAGGCGCGAUAUAUUUGGACCGAGUGCUGACAGGUUCUUGCCGGAACGAUGGCUUGAUGAGGCUGACCGGGACAUGCUGAGGCGGCAGGAGCGAACAUGGGAAUUGUCGUUCAGCUACGGGCGUUUCGAGUGUUUAGGCAAGUCGAUCGCGAUGAUGGAGCUAAAUAAGGUCUUUGUCGAGCUACUUCGUCGUUUCGACUUCGGGCUCGGGAACAGCACGAAGCCGAUCACGACCAAGUGUUAUCAGAUUCACAUCCAGGAAAACAUGUGGGUGUAUGUCCGUCCAUCGGACACUGGUUGGAAGUCAUAG